AUGGAACAGGUGACGGCAGAAAAGGACCUGGGAGUCUUCAUAGACACAGAAUUGAAGUUCCGGCAACAAGCCGCCGCGGCAGUCAGCAAGGCGUCGCGGAUACUCUCCACGAUACAGAGGUCGUUCCAGCUGUUUGAUAAGUCUACAUUACCCCUGCUGUUCAAGACCCUGGUCCGACCCCACCUUGAAUACGGGAACAUUGUGUGGGGCCCCUUCAACCGGACGGAUCAGAAACGUGUGGAACGCAUCCAGCGGCGGGCGACCAAGAAGGUUCCGGAGCUGCGACAUCUGCCCUACACUGAGAGACUGCAGGCGCUGAAGAUGCCAUCCCUGUACUACCGUCGGAGGCGCGGUGACAUGAUAGCGGUGUACCAGAUGCUUCAUGGUGGUAUCGACCUGGAAUCGCACGACUUCUUCGACCGCUCAACCGCCCGUGAAACCAGAGGCCACUCGUGGCGCCUGGUGAAGCCGCGUGCGGUCACCAGAGUCCGACGCAACGCCUUCUCCGUCAGGGUUAUCAACGACUGGAACGGCCUGCCAUCGGAAGUCGUCGACGCCUCUACACUCAACCAGUUCAAGAACCGCCUAGACACCCACUGGGCAAACCUCCUGUUUGAGCUGUUUGCCGUGCUGGUGGCGCCAGUCUGCCGGCUGACCAGCCCUUCUGUGCCUGCGCAGGUUCUGCCGCAGGAGCGGAUGUUUGCGCUGUGCGACGCCAUCGUCCAGUCGGGCAGGGAGUACUCGCUGCGCCAGCGGUCGCCUGUGCCGCUCAUGUACGCCUACUACGACACAGAGUACUUGGGUGCCGCUCACGGCAUCAGCGCCAUACUGCAGAUGCUGAUGUCUGUGCCCGACUACCUGCUGACGCGGCCCGAUGUGUCUCGCGACGUGAAGACCACACUGGACUUCCUGACCAGCCUGCAGCAGGCCAACGGCAACUACCCGUGCGCCAUGGACGAGCUGGGCGGCCGGCGGCCCGAGCCCGAGGAGCUCAUCCACUGGUGCCACGGCGCGCCCGGCGUGGUGUACAUGCUGGCCAAGGCCUACCUGGUGUUCAAGGAGGAGAAGUACCUGCACGCCUGCCUCAAGUGCGGCGACAUCACCUGGCAGAAGGGUCUGCUGCGCAAGGGGCCCGGCAUCUGUCACGGCGUGGCCGGCAGCGGCUACGUGUUCCUGCUGCUCUACCGGCUCACCGGAGACCAGCGACACCUGCACCGCGCUCAGCAGUUCGCCUCGGCCAUCUUUACCGAGCAGUUCCAGCGCCACUCGCGGCAGCCCGACUGCCCCUACUCGCUGUUCGAGGGACUGGCCGGCACCGUCUGUUUCCUGGCAGACCUGAUGCAGCCAGAGAAGGCCUCGUUCCCGUUCUUCGACAUUUUCAGCUAGGCUGCGUAGGCUGUGGUGGGGCCAGAGACGGCCAGAGCACACUGUGCAGGCAUUCCAGGGCGCGGAGCGGCCGUGUGCGCACGUGCGGGAUGCGCGACCGCCGGCCUAGUCCCGUGGCCGCUGCCAUCACCGGUGCAGCCAGUGCCGACACAGCCGGACGGACCGGACCGGACCGGACCGGACCAAACGGCAUAGUGGGCGCCGCCGGUCUUUGUCGUGUUAAUAACAUCUUUCGAAGCGUCAUCGUUACAUAUGUGAACAGGUUGGCAUGCGCGCUAGUUGACGUCGCCUUUCGCCCUGUAUCAGUGCUGAAUUUUUGACUACAAUACAUCUGUAUUUUAUUA